AUGUACGAUCAGAAUAACGACGAAGUAGACAGGCAGAUCUUCCCGCAAAACCAGGAAGAGCAGAGCCCGUUACAACCCGAGCCUCAGACUCAACAACAACCGAAUACCGAUGCAGUUCUUAGCGCGGACGUCACUCCAGGAGACGAUAACGGAUCCGGAGGCGACCCGCGAGUCAGGGAGGCGGAAACCGAGCAGCAGAAGAAGCAGCAGCAUGAAGCUAAUAGCGAUAACGAAGAGGAGGAUGACGGGGAUGAGACGGGCGACGAUUUCGAGCUGCACGACGGGCCGAACGAAGCGGGCGGCGGCGGCGGGUGGGGGGCCCUGAUGGAAGGCUCUCUGCGCGUGCUGCUCGUCGAAGACGACGACUCCACGCGCCACGUCGUCUCGGCCCUUCUCCGAAACUGCUCCUACGAAGUCACACCCGCGUCGAGCGGGCAGCACGCGUGGGAGAUUCUAUCGAGCGGCAGCGGCGGGCGGUUCGACCUGGUGCUGACGGACGUGGUGAUGCCGGGGCUGUCGGGCAUCGCGCUGCUCGCGCGCAUCAUGGGCAAGGAGGAGCUGCGCGGCAUCCCCGUUAUAAUUCUUCUCUCCUCUCCCCCUCCCCCUUGCAGUGAUGUCGUCGCACGACAGCACGGAGCUGGUGUUGAAGUGUUCGAUAGUUGUUCCCUGCUAAUCGUUCCCCCCCCGCAUCCGCCCUCCAACCCCACGUCCCCCUUCUCCCCCCUUGCAGUGAUGUCGUCACACGACAGCAUGGAGAUGGUGUUGAAAUGUUUUCAGAGGGGUGCGGCGGACUUCCUCGUCAAGCCCGUGCGCAAGAACGAGCUCAAGAACCUCUGGCAGCACGUCUGGCGCCGAUGCCACUCCGUACGCCCCCUCGCCCUCUCGUCCCCUCGCCCUGCCCCCUCGCCCUCUCUCGCCCCUUAUCGUUCGGCACUCUGCAUCCCCUCUGUAUUCGCCGUGCAUUCGCCGUGCGUUUUCCCUCGGAGUUCCCUCCGCCUGCCCGUCCCGUCUCGUCCCCGCCCUUCCCCUCCCGUCCCCCCGGCUCUCUGUCCUGACCUCUCAAUUCCCUCGAGCGGCAGUGGCAGCGGCAGCGGCAGCGGCACCAACGGCAAGGUGCUCAUGGGACUCGCCAAUCAGCGCGCGCCCAACGCCGCCUACGCCGCGGGGGACGCCGCCACUGCCGCCGCCGCCGCCGCUGCUGCUGACGGCGGUGGUGGGGUUGAGCGCGCUGGGGGCGGAGGGGAAGGGGAGGGGGAGGGGGAGGGGGAGGGGGAAGGGGAAGGAGAUGACGUGUAUAUGGAGAGGGAUGGCGGUGGGAACGUGGAUGCGAAUGGUGGUAGCGACAACGGCAGCGGCACUCAAGUAGCCACCCAGGUGGAUAACCAGCACGCGCAAGCCGCCAAGGCGCAGCAGGCGCGGGCGGAGAAGGGGGGGGAGGAGGUGGAGACGAGACGACAAAACCCUGGUGCCGCGAGGGAUGAUGGGGCAGGAGGGUUGAGAAAGGACCGUUUGCCGCCGCAGCAGCAGGGUAAGGGGGGCAGGGGGGGCUGGGGGUGGAGCGGGGGCAGGGGGGGCGGGGAGGAACGCGCAGUGGCGGCGGAGGCAGUGCGCGCAGCCGAGGCGGUGGUGGAAAGUGCGCAGGCGUCCGGGGAAGGUUCGACUAAGAAAGAGGAGUGUGAGGGGCCGCCGCGGGCGGAAGGGGAUGGGGACGCGGGGGACGAGGCGGAGCAAGUGGCGGAGGUAGAGGCGGAGGCGGAGCGGAAAGAGCAGGAGGAGCAGGAGCAGGAGGAGGUGGUGGUGGGGGCUGUUCCUGCUCUUAUCGAGAUGGCUUGUAAGGCGGACAGAGAGGGGAAGAAGGUGAGGUGGAACUUCGGCACAGAGGAGGAAGGUGCAGAGGAAGGUGCAGAGGAAGGUGCAGAAGAAGGUGCUGAAGAAGGUUCUUCUCCUGCUAAGAAUGUAGGAGGCGUGCAAGCGGAGAGACCUCCUGAAAAGAACGUGACUGUAAAGGGCGGAGACGCUCAGAAGGACCUUGACAUGAGGGAAAGUGGUGAGGGGAUGGUGGUGGGAGGGGGGCAUGAGGACGGGGCUGCGGAGCAGCGGGCGGAAGGAGAGAGGAAGAGAGGCCGAGAUGAGCGGUCCGUUGUCGGUUCGGGCGGACUGGUUGCAGGUUCGGGUGGUACGGGAGGUUCGGGUGGAGGCUCGGGAGGGAAGAUGGACGGCAGCAGCGGGCUGACGAGCGUGCGUGAUGGCGGUGGGAACAGUGGUAGCGGAGGGAGUGGGGAGAAGGGUAGUGCAAAUGCGGAGGGGGGGAGGAGAGGAGGGAAUGAAGGGGAGAGCGGCAUGGCAGUGUCACAGAGAAUACCAGAACGAGGGGAUGCUGCUGUUGCAGGAGCAGCAGAAGCAGUCGCAACACCAACUGCCACUGCAUCUGCAGCACCACCAGCACCACCAGCAGUGCCAGCGGCACCACCAGCUGCGGCGGCAGCGGCGGCAGCAGCAGCAGCACCGCGAGAGGCAGCAGCAGCUGCCCUUCUUGGGCUGGGAACAAUCAACCCAACAGCACCAACGCCUCUCCCCUCCACGACAGCAACAGGGCAGCAUAGGGAGGCCUCUCCUUUCCGCUACAACUCCACUCUCCCCUCCCCCUUCGCCCACCCCUUCAGUGACUCAUACCCGGCUCCCCCUCCUGCUGCUGCUGCUGCCGCGGCCGCCAUGUUCCAUCCCUUCAAUCCUUUCUCUCUGCUGCCCGGACCCAGCGGUUUUCCAGGCCUGGGCAGAUCCACCACGCCAAUGCGAGGAGUUUCACCUGCCCAGGGGGAGGACCUGGACGGGUGCGGGGCGGCAGGGAGCAGCGGGGAGGGGCACGGAGGGAGGAAUGGGAGAACAGCAGCAUUGGGUGCUGGUGCCUCUGGUAGUGCCUGUGGAGCUGCGGAUCUUGAUUCUUCUGCUGCCGCCGCUGCUGCUGCUGCUGCCGCUGCUGCUGCUGCUGCUGCUGCUGCUGCUGGCCCUGUUGGGAAUCCUAAUCCCACUCCGUCUCCAGCGCCCAUUACCCCCCCAGGGCUGCCGCCACAAUCUGGGUUUCCACUUGACGCUUCCUCUGGAAUGUUCCUGCCUCCUGCGUACUAUGCUGCUGCGGCUGCUGCGACGGCAGCAGCAGGGGUGCCCCCUCCGUGGCUGUACGCGCCUCAGCCCAGCUCCACAGCUCUUUCUCUAGAGCACCAGGGAGCAACCCCUCAGGAGAUUCACUUAGGCACAGCACCUGCUGCUGGUGCUGCUGUUGCUUCUGCUGCCUCUGCGGCGGCCGCCGCCGCCGCCGCCGCUGCUGCUGCUGCUGCCACUGCUGCUGGUGCUGGUGCGGCUACAGGCAGCACGGCAUGUGCCAGCCGUCUCCCUCCUGCCCCUGUGCUGAAGCUGCCUCUUCCCCCCUGUACGGCGGGAGGCGGUAGCAGGCAGCAGCAUGGGCUGGACGAGCGAGGGAGGGGGUACGGGAGGGAUCAGGGGAAGGAUCAAGGGAGACAACAACAGGAGCAUAAGAGGGAGCAUGCGAGGGAGCAAGGGAAGGAGAAGGAUCAUGCAGAGGGCAGUGGAGGCGGGGGCAGUGGUGGUGUGGGCAGCGCUCAGAACACUCAGAACAGCAGGGAAGCAGCUCCUGCAGGGGUUGGGGGUGGCAGUACCAAUGGCCUUCCCUUGCAGACGCGACCAGAGCACGCAGACGGCACAGCGACAGAUGUGUGGGGAGCAGGCGAGGAGGCACGAGGCAGGGAGGGUAUGACUGGGUGCAGUAGGAAUGGCAGCGGCACUGUGAGCGUGCACGCGCCUGUGGAGGCGAGCCGAGGCAAUGGGGUGAAAAUGGUGAGCCUGAUGGGGCAGGCUGUGGCGUUCCCUCCCUGCGCUGCUGACGCAUCUGCCACGCCUGCCACCACCACAGGUGAAGUGGUGGAUGGGAACGAGGAAGGCAAGGAGGAGGAGAUGGUGGAGGGGGGAGGAGGGACGUGUGGAUUAGCAGCAGCAGCAGCAGCAGCAGGAGGAGGAGGAGUUCACACAGCGCUUCAACAAUGCUGUGCCAUGGAUAUUUCCAGCUCUGGAGGAGGGAUGUCUCAGCUUCAGGAUACUCGUGCAGCGGAAGCAGCUGCGUGUGCUGCAUGUGCCUGUGGUGGGCCUGGUUGCGGGCUGUCGCAAGGCUCCGGGCAGUGCCAGGCUGCGCUGGGGGCUGCAGGAGGAGGGUGUGCGGCUGGAGCUGCUGUUCCUACUGUGAUGAGCCGGCAGGCCGUGCGAGAGGCAGCGUUGAAUAAAUUCAGGCAGAAGCGCAAGGACCGGUGCUUUGAGAAAAAGGUUCGUUAUCAGAGUCGGAAGCGCCUGGCAGAGCAGAGACCGAGGUUUAGGGGUCAGUUUAUAAAACAAGCCCCUGCUGGUGUAGGUGCUGGAGCAGCUGGGGAUCUGCCGCACUUCGAUCAACUCUUUAAGAAGACUGGGUGCUACAACAAAAGCUUUGAAGAGGCCAUCAAGUCGGAGAAGGAGAAAACUGUGGCACCUGGGAGUGUGACAUCUACCACUGGCGUAUCGAGAUACGGAGGAGACAACAAGAGGGUCGUCAAUCCUUUGGCAGCGAGGUUCGGCGGGACACAGGAGAAGUGCGUAGUUUGCAGUAAGACAGUCUACCCCCUGGAAAAGGUCAGUGUCGAGAACUCCACGUACCACAACCAGUGUUUCAAAUGCGUCCACAGUGGAUGCAAGCUCACGACCUCGACUUACCAAGCACUGGGAGGAAAGCUGUACUGUAAGGCGCAUUUUCAACAGCUGUUCUUGAAGAAAGGCAAUUUCACAGAGUUGCAGCGUGAAACCGGUGACGGGGCUGAUGCUGGAUCACAAGCUGCAGCUGCGGUGUCAUCUGUGUCCAUAUCCAAGCCCUCAACUGCCUCACCUGCAAAAUAUGUGGCUGCUGCCGUCUCCGAACCUCCGUCCAGUUCAGUCGUGAAAGAAGAGGAAUCUUCACCCGCAAAGCCCGUGGCUGCAUCCUCUUCAGCACCUCCCCCAGCUGCUGCAACCUCAACGCCAUCCAAGCCAGUCGAAGAAAAGAAACCGCCUCCUCCAGCCGCUAAGGACGAUACCGACUCUGAUGAUGACAGUGAUGAUAGCGACGACUCAGAUGAUAGCGAUGACUCCGAUUCUGAUUGA